AUGGCGUCGGUAGACGGGUUUCAGGUCCCUUCGGACGAUGAUUACGACGCUCUAUACCAGAUAUUCAACCAGUAUUGCUGGUGCGUGCUCGACCUGAUCAUACUCCUCGGCACGGCGCGCGAAGUGGACGAGAUGGACAACAUCAAGUUCGUGCGAUUCUGUCGCGACCUGGGGAUCAUCGCGCACGCGGGAGGCGGCGCGGGACUGCACGUCACGGACGUCGACCUGCUCUUCGUCACCAUCAAGCCGCGCGGCCGCAAGAAGCUGACGUUCGACAACUUCUGCGACGCCGUCGCCGUCAUGGCCGACAAGCUGGGCGUCACCUCCACCGACCUCAUCCGCCAGGCCAUCGCUAUGGACCUGCCGCAGCCCGCGCUGACGUCCGCGACGCGCCACUCCAUGACGCUCUCCCACCACGUCUCCUCGUCGCUCCUCGCGUCGCACCAAACCCUCUCCUCCGCGCACUCGCGCCGCCUCUCCCUCCCUCACCCCGCCGCCGGGCACGCUGCUUCCGCGCACGCUGCGUCCGCGCACGCUGCGCCCGCCUCCCCCGCCGCCCUCGCGCCCCUCGCCGCCCACACGUUCUAUUCGCUCAGGGAGGGCCGGGGCGGACGACCCGCUGCUGGUGGCGCUAGUGGUUCCGCUGGGGGGUUCGGGGGAGGGGGGGGUGGCGCGGGGGACAUAGUGCCGCCUGGCGACGAGUUUCCCCCGAGGCUGAGGCUCAUCCGCACGAGGUCUCUAGAGGCGGAGGAGCACGCUCGCAGUGCUGCUGGCGGGUUCGGGGCGUCCCAUGCCACGGGCGCGCGGGCGGCAGGAGGACACGUGGCGGAAGGAGAGGCGUGCCGCCCAGAGCCGCUGAGCGAGCUGAGGUCAUCACUGUCGGAUCACAACUCGCAUGAAGGCAGGGCGAUGGGCGGGGCGGAGAAGGGCGGGAGGGGGACGGAGGGAGGGCAGCAGGCGGGGAGGGGUGCAGGCGAGCGGAAUGAGAACGCGCAAGGCGGGGAGCCUUUUGCGCAGAGGCAGGCAGUGGCGGGGGGACGGGAUUGGGAUGCGGUGGAGUGGCGCCAUGGUGGGGAGGAGGUGGCGGCGAGAGGGGGGUAUGCGCAGGGGAUAGCCGAUGAUGAUAAUGAUGGUGGCGACAGCAUUGGCGUGGGCUGGACGGAUGGCGCCAUGGGACGAGCGAUGGUGUCCGCUGUGGCAGCAGCAGCCGAGGAUUUGAGGCAGGGCCGCAGGGGACAGGCAGGAGGGGUAGUGGGAGGGGCGGCAGAGGGCGGAGCAAGCAGAGGCGCGCUGCAGUAUGAUGACGAGGGGGGCAGCAGCGCGGAUCGGCGGCUGACAAAUGAGAACCCGGCAGCGUCAGCAGCGGAGGGGGCGGUGGCGAGUCUCAUGUUCUUCGAUGCCUUCCGCUUCUUCUCCCUCCCCCACUUCGCCCGCCACCACUUCGUUCCGCUGGCGCAGUGUGGCAGGCAUCAGCUGCAGGGGCUGCCACCGCCGCGCAUGGACAGCAUUCGAUUCAUCAAGAUGUGCAAGGAGACCGCCAUCCUCGACGCCCGCUUCACCACCACUAGUGCGGACAUUAUUUUCAGCAAGGUGACGCGGGGCAGCGAGCGCAAGCUGUCCGUCUACACGCUCGCUGCCGCGCUGCGACUCAUUGAGGCAGAGAAGGGCCUCGCCCCGCCCGCUCUAGAGCGCAUCAUCAUCGCCCACUUCCUCGCCCACGUCCCUGAUGCUGCCCUCCCGCCGCCCGGCGCCAACCCCUCCUCCUCCUCCCCCUCGUCCUCCUCCCCUGUGGCCGCAUCCGACUGCAGCAGCCAGCAGCAGCAGCGGUGGCAGCAGCAGCAGGAGCAGCGGCAGCGGCACCAGCUGGAGUGGAUGCAGCAGAGUGCUGAGCGCCAGUACCCCCCUGCUGCUGGCUGCUGGGCUGCUGCACCCUCUCCUGCACCCACAUCCGUGCCCUCGCCUUCCCCCGCUCGCUCCAGUGGGUCUAGCCAGCGCUCAGGGCAGGGCAUGUAUGCCCGCCUGCUGCAGCUUCACCAGCAGGGGUUUGUGCAUGAGGUUGGGGGUGAGGUUGGGCAUGGUUACGGUGGGUGUGAAGUGGUGGGAGGCGGUGAGGGCCAGGGACGGUGUGGGCGGUGGCAGUCGCCCCAGCCCCAGCGGCGGCACUCGAUGUGCGCGAUGAAUGCUUGCUAUGAGCUGCCCCACCACCACCCACACAGUACAGCCGUGAGGGAUGAGAGAAGAGAGGAGCGGAGGGAGGAGAGGAGGGAGGAGGGUGGUGUAGUGUACAAUGGGGCAGGGUGGGAGGGGGAAGUGGAGCAGCAGGGCAGUGGGGCGGGGGUCAUGAUACUUCACUUGAUCUUAGGGGGACAUCGCUUGGCGGUGCGCCUGCUGGUGGGGGGCAUGGACAUCGCGACCGGAACGGAGCAGUCGUCGGACGGACGGGAGGUGUCCGAGCGGCGUGCGCGGCGAGUGCACAAGAGCGCGUCGGAGGCCAACAUCAGGGGAGCCGGGUUGCGGGGCGGGUGUGCUUUGGCGGGGUCCAUGGGGAUGUUGACGGGCGCGGGCAGCGGCAAGUGGGUGAACGGCGGGUCCAUGGGGGCGAUGGAGGCGCAGCUGCGCGCCGAGCAGGAGGAGCUGGCGUACCUGCGCAUGGAGGCGGAGCGCAUCGAGCGCAGCGGCGUCAUCGACAUCGUCAACGAUGACGGCGUCGGCGGCGGCGGCGGCGGAGGCGGCGGCGGCUUCCCGAAACACCUGAGCUGGAACUACCGCGGGCUCGACAUCACCCCCAAGGGCAGCAGUCGCGCGCAGGCCGGCGCAGAUAGGGAUGGGGGGGUAGGGGCGGAGUCGGUGCUGGCGUCGUGGGCGCGGGAGCGGCGUGAGUUGGAGGGGCAGGUGGGCGCAGUGAAGGCGGAGCUGAAGCGCAAGGAGAGAGCGCUCAAGGCGGCGGGCAAGGGCAAGGCGGCGGCGGGCAGGGAGGUUGACGCGGUGUGGGCGCAGGUGAGCGCGGUGGAGGCGCAGCUGCACGACGUGCAGGGCGACAAGUGCGCGCUCGAGAAGGAGAUCCAGGGGCUGCGCGCGCUGCUGCACGUGUCGAGUGCGCGCGACUCAGGGGAGUCAGCGGGCGCGCGGGGCGCGGAUACGGAGAUGGCGGGCAUGCUGAAGAUGGUGGGCGACUUCUCCCGGCGACUCGCCCUCGCUGACGACGCCGUGCGACGCGCCGAGGCCAAAAACGACCAACUGUCGGAGCGGUUGAAGGCGAGUGAGGCGGAACUGCGCGGAACGAGGGAGGUGCUGCGCACGGCACAGGAGGAGCGCGACGCACUGGCAGCGGAGAUGAAGCAGGCGCUGGACACGUGGGCGUGGACCAGCUGUGCACACCCCGCCCCUGCUCCUGCUCCUGCUGCUGCCACCCCUGGCAGAGGGGGCAGCAGGGGCAGCGGUGGCAUGGGUGUGGCCGCUUCAAGCACAUCCGCAUGGGGGGGGUCGGCAUGGGUUGAGCACAUGGGGGAGGGCAUGGCGCAGAACGGCAUCCCGGGUGGUGAGGAUGGCAUGCAGCAGUGGCUGCAGCGCGUGCAGGAUAUCGGUGGUGCGAGCCAGUGGGGAAGGGAUGGGUACAGUGGUGCUGGUGGUGGUGCCGUGAGCCGGCCACCCUGGGGCCGAGACUCCUAG